AUGAAAAAGUUACUUUCAUCUCACCAGCCACGUGAUGAAAGAGUUACUUUGAGAUGUCAGGAAAUAACACAAUCUCUCCCGCUUUCCAUCACCCCGCCCCAUUCCCCCUUUUUCCAUCACCCCGCCCCAUUCUCCCGCUUUCCAUCACCCCGCCCUAUUCUCCCGCUUUCCAUCACCCGGCCCCAUUCUCCCUCUUUCCAUCACCCCGUCCCAUUCUCCCGCUUUCCAUCACCCCACCCCAUUCUCUCGCUUUCCAUCACCCCGCCCCAUUCUCCCGCUUUCCAUCACUCUGCCCCAUUCUACCUCUUUCCAUCACCCCGCCCCAUUCUCCCUCUUUCCAUCACCCCGCCUCAUUCUCCCUCUUUCCAUAACCCCGCCCCAUUCUCCCUCUUUCCAUCACCCCGCCCCAUUCUCCCGCUUUCCAUCACCCCGCCCUAUUCUCCCGCAUUCCAUCACCCCGCCCCAUUCUCCCUCUUUCCAUCACCCCGCCCCAUUCUCCCGCUUUCUAUCACCCCGCCCCAUUUUCCCGCUUUCCAUCACCCCGCCCCAUUCUCCCGAUUUCCAUCACCACUCCCCAUUCUCCAGCUUUCCAUCACCCCGCCCCAUUUUCCCGCUUUCCAUCACCCCGCCCCAUUCUCCCGCUUUCCAUCACUCCACCCCAUUCUCCCGCUUUCCAUCACCCCGCCCCAUUCUCCCGCUUUCCAUCACCCUGCCCCAUUCUCCCGCUUCCCAUCACCCCGGCCCAUUCUCCCGCUUUCCAUCACCCCGCCCCAUUCUCCCGCUUUCCAUCACCUCGCCCCAUUCUCCCUCCUUCCAUCACCCCGCCUCAUUCUCCCGCUUUCCAUCACCCCGCCCCAUUCUCCCACUUUCCAUCACCCCGCCGCAUUCUCCCGCUUUCCAUCACCCAGCCACAUUCUCCCACUUUCCAUCAGCCCGCCUCAUUCUCCCUCCUUCCAUCGCCCUGCCCCAUUCUCCCUCCUUCCAUCAUCCCGCCCCAUUCUCCCUCCUUCCAUCACCUCGCUCCAUUUUCCCGCUUUCUAUCAGCCCGCCCCAUUCCACCGCUUUCCAUCACCCCGCCCCAUUCUCCAGCUUUCCAUAACCCGCCCCAUUCUCCCGCUUUCCAUCACCCCGCCCCAUUCUCCCGCUUUCCAUCACCCCACCCCAUUCUCCCGCUUUCCAUCACCCCACCCCAUAUUCCCGCUUUCCAUCACCCCGCCCCAUUCUCCAGCUUUCCAUCAGCCGCCCCAUUCUCCCGCUUUCCAUCACCCCGCCUCAUUCUCCCGAUUCCCAUCAACCCGCCCCAUUCUCCCGCUUUCUAUCACCCGUCCCCAUUCUCCCUCCUUCCAUCACCCCGCCCCAUUCUCCCGCUUUCCAUCACCCCGCCCCAUUCUACCACUUUCCAUCACCUCGCCCCUUUCUCCCGGUUUCCAUCACCCUGCCCCAUUCUCCCGCUUUCCAUCAACCUUCCCCAUUCUCCUGCUUUCCAUCACCCUGCCCGAUUCUCCCUCCUUCCAUCACCCCACCCCAUUCUCCCGCUUUCCAUCACCCCGCCCCAUUCUCCUGCUCUCCAUCACCCCGCACCAUUCUCCUGCUUUCCAUCACCCCUCCCCAUUCUCCUGCUUUCCAUCACCCUGCCCCAUUCUCCCUCCUUCCAUGACCCCGCCCCAUUCUCCCUCCAUCCAUCACCCCGCCCUAUUCUCCCAAUUUCCAUCACACCACCCCAUUCUCCCGCUUUCCAUCACCCCGCCUUAUUCUCCCGCUUUCCAUCACCUCGCCCCAUUCUCCCGCUUUCCAUCACCCCGCCCCAUUCUCCGCUUUCCAUCACACGCCCAUUCUCCCGCUUUCCAUCACCUCGCCCCAUUCUCCCGCUUUCCAUCACCCCGCCCCAUUCUCCCGCUUUCCAUCACCCCGCCCCAUUCUCCUGCUUUCCAUCACCUGCCCCAUUCUCCCGCUUUCCAUCAUCCCACCCCAGUCUCCCGCUUUCCAUCACCCCGCCCUAUUCUCCCGCUUUCCAUCACCCCGCCCCAUUCUCCCGCUUUCCAUCACCCCACCCCAUUCUCCUGCUUUCCAUCACCCCGCCCCAUUCUCCCGCUUUCCUUCACCCCUCCCCAUUCUCCCGCUUUCCAUCACCCCGCCCCAUUCUCCCACUUUCUAUCACCCCACCCCAUUCUCCCGCUUUCCAUCACCCCGACCCAUUCUCCCACUUUCCAUCACCCCGCCCAAUUCUCUCGAUUUCCGUCACCCUGCCCCAUUCUCCCUCUUUCCGUCACCCCGCCCCAUUCUCCUGCUUUCCAUCAUCCAGCCCCAUUCCCCCGCUUUUCAUCAACCCGCCCUAUUCUCCCUCUUUCCAUCACCCCGCCCCAUUCUCCCUCCUUCCAUCACCCCGCCCCAUUCUACCGCUUUCCAUCACCCCGCCACAUUCUUCCACUUUCCAUCACCCCGCCACAUUCUUCCACUUUCCAUCACCCCGCCCCAUUCUCCCGCUUUCCAUCACUCCACCCCAUUCUCCCGCUUUCCAUCACCCCGCCCCAUUCUCCCGCUUUCCAUCACCCCGCCCCAUUCUCCCUCCUUCCAUCACCCUGCCCCAUUUUCCCGCUUUCCAUCACCCCGCGCCAUUUUCCCUCUUUCCAUCACCCCGCCCCAUUCUCCCGCUUUCCAUCACCCCGCCCCAUUCUCUCGCUUUCCAUCACCCCGCCCCAUUCUCCCUCCUUCCAUCACCCCGCCCCAUUCUCCCACUUUCUAUCAGCCCGUCCCAUUAUCCCGCUUUCCAUCACCCCGCCCCUUUCUCCCGCUUUCCAUCACCCCGCCCCAUUCUCCCACUUUCCAUCACCCCGCCCCAUUCUCCCUCCUUCCAUCACCCCGCCUCAUUCUACCUCCUUCCAUCACCCCGCCCCAUGCUCCCGCUUUCCAUCAUCCCGCCCCAUUCUCCCGCUUUUCAUCACCCCGCCCCAUUCUCCCGCUUUCCAUCACCCCGCCCCAUUCUCCCGCUUUCCAUCACCCCGCCCCAUUCUCCCUCCUUCCAUCACCCCGCCCCAUUCUCCCGCUUUCCACGGGGUGUAUGAUUCGGAGUCUCAGCUCCCGCUUAUGACCCAUCACUCCCAACUGCCCCAUUCUCCCAUUCUCCCGUGGACAACUCAUUCUCCCUCUUUUCAUCACCCCGCCCCAUUCUCCCUCUUUCCAUCACCCCACCCCAUCCUUCCUCUUUCCAUCGCCCCGCCCCAUUCUUCCGCUUUUCAUCACCCCGUCCCAUUCUCCCUCUUUCCAUCACCCCGCCCCAUUCUCCAGCUUUCCAUCACCCCGCCCCAUUCUCCCGCUUUCCAUCACCUCGCCCCAUUCUCCCGCUUUCUAUCACCCCGCCCCAUUCUCCCGCUUUCCAUCACCCCGUCCCAUUCUCCCGCUUUCCAUCACCCCGCCCCAUUCUCCCGCUUUCUAUCACCCCGCCCCAUUCUCCCUCCUUCCAUCACCCCGCCCCAUUCUCCCUCCUUCCAUCACCCCGCCCUAUUCUCCCUCCUUACAUCACCCCGCCCCAUUCUCCCGCUUUCUAUCACUCCGCCCCAUUCUCCCGCUUUCCAUCACCCCGCCCCAUUCUCAAGCUUUCCAUCACCCCGCCCCAUUCUGUUGCUUUCCAUCACCCCGCCCCAUUCUCCCGCUUUCCAUCACCCCGCCCCAUUCUCCCACUUUCCAUCACCCCGCCCCCUUCUCCCUCCUUCCAUCACCCCGCCCCAUUCUCCCUCCUUCCAUCACGCCGCCCCAUUCUCCCGCUUUCCAUCAGCCCGCCCCAUUCUCCCGCUUUCCAUCACCCCGCCCCAUUCUCCCGCUUCCCAUCACCCCACCCCAUUCUCCUGCUUUCCAUCACCCCGCCACAUUUUCCCGCUUUCUAUCACCCCGCCCCAGUCUCCCUCCUUCCAUCACCCCGCCCCAAUCUCCCGCUUUCCAUCACCCCGCCCCAUUCUCCCGCUUUCCAUCACCCCGCCCCAUUCUCCCGCUUUCCAUCACUUCGCCCCAUUCUCCCGCUUUCCAUCACCCCGCCCCAUUCUCCCGCUUUCCAUCAUCCCGCCCCAUUCUCCCUCCUUCCAUCACCCCGCCCCAUUCUCCCGCUUUCCAUCACUCCGCCCCAUUCUCCCUCCUUCCAUCACCCCGCCCCAUUCUCCCUCCUUCCAUCACCCCGCCCCAUUCUCCCGCUUUCCAUCACCCCGCCCCAUUCUCCCGCUUCCCAUAACCCCACCCCAUUCUCCCGCUUUCCAUCACCCCGCCCCAUUCUCCCGCUUUCCAUCACCCCGCCCCAUUCUCCCGCUUUCCAUCAUCCCGCCCCAUUCUCCCUCCUUCCAUCACCCCGCCCCAUUCUCCCGCUUUCCAUCACUCCGCCCCCUUCUCUCUCCUUCCAUCACCCCGCCCCAUUCUCCCUCCUUCCAUCACCCCACCCCAUUCUCCCGCUCUUCAUCAGCCCGCCCCAUUCUCCCGCUUUCCAUCACCCCUCCCCUUUCUCCCGAUUUCCAUCUCCCCACCCCAUUCUCCCGCUUUCCAUCACCCCGCCCCAUUCACCCGCUUUCCAUCACCCCGCCCCAUUCUUCCGCUUCCCAUCAUCCCGCCCCAUUCCCCCGCUUUCCAUCACCCCUCCCCAUUCUCCCUCCUUCCAUCACCUCGCCCCAUUCUCUCGCUUUCCAUCACCCCGCCCCAUUCUCCCGCUUUCCAUCACCCUGCCCCAUUGUCCCGCUUUCCAUCACCCCGCCCCAUUCUCCCUCCUUCCAUCACCCCGCCCCAUUCUCCCGCUUUCUAUCACCCCGCCCCAUUCUCCCUCCUUCCAUCACCCCGCCCCAUUCUCCCUCAUUCCAUCACCCCGCUCCAUUCUCCCGCUUUCCAUCACCCCGCCCUAUUCUCCCGCUUCCCAUAACCCCACCCCAUUCUCCCGGUUUCCAUCACCCCGCCACAUUUUCCCACUUUCCAUCACCCCGCCCCUUUCUCUCUCCUUCCAUCACCCCGCCCCAUUCUCCCUCCUUCCAUCACCCCGCCCCAUUCUCCCGCUUUCCAUCAGCCCGCCCCAUUCUCCCGCUUUCCAUCACCCCGCCCCUUUCUCCCGCUUUCCAUCUCCCCGCCCCAUUCUCCCGCUUUCCAUCACCCCGCCCCCUUCUUCCUCCUUCCAUCACCCCGCCCCAUUCUCCCUCCUUCCAUCACCCCGCCCCAUUCUCCCUCCUUCCAUCACCCCGCCCCAUUCUCCCGCUUCCCAUAAACCCGUCCCAUUCUCCCGCUUUCCAUCACCCCGCCCCAUUCUCCUGCUCUCCAUCACCCCGCCCCAUUCUCCCGCUUCCCAUCACAACGCCCCAUUCACCCGCUUUCCAUCACCCCGCCCCAUUCUCCCUGCUUCCAUCACCCCGCCUCAUUCUCCCUCCUUCCAUCACCCCGCCCCAUUCUCCCGCUUUCCAUUACCCCGCCCCAUUCUCCCGCUUUCCAUCACCCCGCCCCAUUCUCCCAGUUUCCAUCACCCCGCCCCAUUCUCCCGCUUUCCAUAUCCCCGCCCCAUUCUCCUGCUUUCCAUCACCCCGCCCCAUUCUCCUGCUUUCCAUCACCCCGCCCCAUUCUCCCUCCUUCCAUCACCCCGCCCCAUUCUCCCUCCUUCUAUCACCCCACCUCAUUCUCCCUCCUUCCAUCACCCCGCCCCAUUCUCCCGCUUUCCAUCACCCCGCACCAUUCUCCCGCUUUCCAUCACCUCGCCCCAUUCUCCCGCUUUCCAUUACCCUGCCUCAUUCUCCCGCUUUCCAUCACCCUGCCCCGUUCUCCAGCUUUCCAUCACCCUGCCCCAUUCUCCUGCUUUCCAUCACCUUGCCCCAUUCUCCCGCUAUCCAUCACCCUGCCCCAUUCUCCCUCCUUCCAUCACCCCGCCCCAUUCUCCCUCCUUCCAUCACCCCGCCCCAUUCUCCCUCCUUCCAUCACCCCGCCCCAUUCUCCCUCCUUCCAUUACCCCGCCCCAUUCUCCCGCUUUACAUCAGCCCGCCCCAUUCUCCCGCUUUCCAUCACCCCACCCCAUUCUCCCGCUUUCCAUCACCCCGCCCCAUUCUCCCGCUUUCCAUCACCCCGCCCCAUUCUCCCGCUUUCCAUCACCCCGCCCCAUUCUCCCUCCUUCCAUCACCCCGCCCCAUUCUCCCGCUUUCCAUCACCCUGCCCCAUUCUCCCUCCUUCCAUCACCCCGCCUCAUUCUACCUCCUUCCAUCACCCCGCCCCAUGCUCCAGCUUUACAUCACCCCGCCCCAUUCUCCCGCUUUUCAUCACCCUACCCCAUUCUCCCACUUUCCAUCACCCCGCCCCAUUCUCCCGCUUUCCAUCACCCUGCCCCAUUCUCCCGCUUUCCAUCACCCCGCCCCAUUCUCCCAUCACCCCGCCCCAUUCUCCCGCUUUCCAUCACCCCGCCCCAUUCUCCCGCUUUCCAUCACUCCGCCCCAUUCUCCCGCUUAUCAUCGCCCCGCCCCAUUCUCCUGCUUUCCAUCACCCCGCCCCAAUCUCCCUCUUUCCAUCAACCCACCCCAUUCUUCCUCCUUCCAUCUCCCCGCCCCAUUCUCCUGCCUUCCAUCACCCCGCCCCAUUCUCCCGCUUUCCAUCACCCCGCCCCAUUUUCCCGUUUUCCAUCACCCCGCCCCAUUCUCCUGCUUUCCAUCACCCCGCCCCAUUCUCCCGCUUUCCACCACCCCACCCCAUUCUCCCGCUUUCCAUCACCCCGCCCCACUCUCCCGCUUUCCAUCACCCCGCCCCAUUCUCCCGCUUUCCAUCACCCCGCCCCAUCCUCCCACCUUCCAUCACCCCGCCCCAUUCUCCCUCCUUCCCAUCACCCCAAACCAUUCUCCCGCUUUCCAUCACCCCACCCCAUUCUCCCGCUUUCCAUCACCCCGCCCCAUUCUCUCGCUUUCCAUCACCCCGCCCCGUUCUCCCGCUUUCCAUCACCCCGCCCCAUUCUCCCGCUUUCCAUCACCCCUCCCCAUUCUCCCUCCUUCCAUCACCCAGCCCCAUUCUCCUUCCUUCCAUCACACCGCCCCAUUCUCCCACUUUCCAUCACCCCGCCCCAUUUUCCCGUUUUCCAUCACCCCGCCCCAUUCUCCCGCUUUCCAUCACCCCUCCCCAUUCUCGUUGCUUCCAUCACCCCGCCCCAAUCUCCCUCCUUCCAUCACCACGCCCCAUUCUCCCGCUUUCCACGACCCCGCCUCAUUGUACCGCUUUCCAUCACCCCGCCCCAUUCUCCCGCUUCCUAUCACCCAGCCCCAUUCUCCCGCUUUCCAUCACCCCGUCCCAUUCUCCCUCCUUCCAUCACCCCGCCCCAUUUUCCCUCCUUCCAUCACCCCGCCCGAUUCUCUUGCCUUCCAUCACCCCGCCCUAUUCGCCCGCUUUCCAUCACCCCUCCCCAUUCUCCCGCUUUCCAUCAUCCUGCCCCAUUCUCCCGCUUUCCAUCACCCCGCCUCAUUCUCCCUCCUUCCAUCACCCCACCUUAUUCUCCCGCUUUCCAUUACCCCGCCCCAUUCUCCCGCUUUCCAUCAACCCGCCCCAUUCUCCCGCUUUCCAUCACCCCACCCCAUUCUCCCGCUUUCCAUCACCCCGCCCCACUCUCCCGCUUUCCAUCACCCUGCCCCAUUCUCCCGCUUUCCAUCACCCCGCCCCAUUCUACCGCUUUCCAUCACCCCGCCCCAUUCUCCCGCUUUCCAUCACCCCGCCCCAUUCUCCCGCUUUCCCUCACCCCGCCCCAGUCUCCCGCACUCCAUAGCCCCGCCUUAUUUUCCCGCUUUCCAUCACCUCGCCCCCUUUUCCCGCUUUCCAUCACCCCGCCCCAAUCUCCCUCCUUCCAUCACCCCACCCCAUUCUCCCGCUUUCCAUCAUCCCGCCUCAUUCUCCCGCUUUCCAUCACCCCGCCCCAUUCUCCCGCUUUCCAUCACCCCGCCCCAUUCUCCUUAUUUCCAUCACCCUGCCCCAUGCUCCCUCGUUCCAUCACCCCGCCCCAUCCUCCCUAUUUCCAUCACCCCGCCCCAUUCUUCCGCUUUCCAUCACCCCGCCCCAUUCUCCAGCUUACCAUCACCCCGCCCCAUUCUCCCGCUUUCCAUCACCCCGCCCCAUUCUCCCGCUUUCCAUCACCCCGCCCCAUUCUCCCGCUUUCCAUCACCCCGCCCCAUUCUCCCGCUUUCCAUCACCCCGCCCCAUUCUUCCGCUUUCCAUCACCCCGCCCCAUUCACCCCGCCCCAUUCUCCCUCUUUCCAUCAACCCGCCCCAUUCUCCCGCUUUUUUUUCACCCCGCCCAAUUCUCCCUCUUUCCAGCACCCCACCCCAUUCUUCUGCUUUUCAUCACCCUGCCCCAUUCUCCCUCUUUCCAUCACCGCGCCCCAUUCCCCCUCUUUCCAUCAGCCCCCCCCAUUCUCCCGCUUUUCUUCACCCCGCCCCAUUCUUCCGCUUUUCAUCACCCCGCCCCAUUCUCCCGCUUUCCAUCACCCCGCCCCAUUCUCCCGCUUUCCAUCACCCCGCCCCAUUCUCCCGCUUUCCAUCACCCUGCCCCGUUCUCCCGCUUUCCAUCACUCCGCCCCAUUCUCCCGCUUUCCAUCACCCCGCCCUAUUCUCAAGCUUUCCAUCAUCCCGCCCCAUUCUCCCGCUUUCCAUCACCACGCCCCAUUCUCCCGCUUUCCAUCACCCCGCCCCAUUCUCCCGCUUUCCAUUACCCCGCCCCAUGCUCCCGCUUUCCAUCACCCCGCCCCAUUCUCCCGCUUUCCAUCACCCCGCCCCAUUCUCCCGCUUUCCAUCACCCCGCCCCUUUCUCCCUCUUUCCAUCACCCCGCCCCAUUCUCCCGCUUUCCAUCACCCCGCCCCAUUCUCCCGCUUUCCAUCACCCCACCCCAUUCUCCCGUUUUCCAUCACCCCGCCCCAUUCUCCCGCUUUCCAUCACCUCGCCCCAUUCUCAAGCUUUCCAUCACCCCGCCCCAUUCUCCUGCUUUCCAUCACCCCGCCCCAUUCUCCCGCUUUCCAUCACCCCGCCCUAUUCUCCCGCUUUCCAUCACCCCGGCCCAUUCUCCCGUUUUCCAUCACCCCGCCCCAUUCUCCCGCUUUCCAUCACCCCGCCCCAUUCUCCAGCUUACCAUCACCCCGCCCCAUUCUCCCGCUUUCCAUCACCCCGCCCCAUUCUCCAGCUUUCCAUCACCCCGCCCCAUUCUCCCGCUUUCCAUCAACCCGCCCAAUUCUCCCGCUUUCCAUCACCCCACCCCAUUCUCCCGCUUUCCAUCACCCCGCCCCAUUCUCCAGCUUACCAUCACCCCGCCCCAUUCUCCCGCUUUCCAUCACCCCGCCCCAUUCUCCAGCUUUCCAUCACCCCGCCCCAUUCUCCCGCUUUCCAUCAACCCGCCCAAUUCUCCCGCUUUCCAUCACCCCACCCCAUUCUCCCGCUUUCCAUCACCCCGCCCCAUUCUCCCGCUUUCCAUCACCCCGCCCCAUUCUCCCGCUUUCCAUCACCCCGCCCCAUUCUCCCGCUUUCCAUCACCCCGCCCCAUUCUUCCGCUUUCCAUCACCCCGCCCCAUUCACCCCGCCCUAUUCUCCCUCUUUCCAUCAACCCGCCCCAUUCUCCCGCUUUUCUUCACCCCGCCCCAUUCUCCCUCUUUCCAUCAACCCACCCCAUUCUUCCGCUUUUCAUCACCCUGCCCCAUUCUCCCUCUUUCCAUCACCCCGCCCCAUUCCCCCUCAUUCCAUCAGCCCGCCCCAUUCUCCCGCUUUUCUUCACCCCGCCCCAUUCUUCCGCUUUUCAUCACCCCGCCCCAUUCUCCCGCUUUCCAUCACCCCGCCCCAUUCUCCCUCUUUCCAUCACCCCGCCCCAUUCUCCCGCUUUCCAUCACCCUGCCCCGUUCUCCCGCUUUCCAUCACUCCGCCCCAUUCUCCCGCUUUCCAUCACCCCGCCCUAUUCUCAAGCUUUCCAUCACCCCGCCCCAUUCUCCCGCUUUCCAUCACCCCGCCCCAUUCUCCCGCUUUCCAUCACCCCGCCCCAUUCUCCCGCUUUCCAUCACCCCGCCCCAUUCUCCCGCUUUCCAUCACUCCGCCCCAUUCUCCCGCUUUCCAUCACCCCGCCCCAUUCUCCCGCUUUCCAUCACCCCGCCCCUUUCUCCCUCUUUCCAUCAUCCCGCCCCAUUCUCCCGCUUUCCAUCACCCCGCCCCAUUCUCCCGCUUUCCAUCACCCCACCCCAUUCUCCCGUUUUCCAUCACCCCGCCCCAUUCUCCCGCUUUCCAUCACCCCGCCCCAUUCUCCCUCUUUUCAUCACCCCGCCCCAUUCUCCCUCUUUCCAUCACCCCACCCCAUCCUUCCUCUUUCCAUCGCCCCGCCCCAUUCUUCCGCUUUUCAUCACCCCGUCCCAUUCUCCCUCUUUCCAUCACCCCUCCCCAUUCUCCCGCUUUCCAUCAUCCCGCCCUAUUCUCCCGCUUUCCAUCACCCCGCCCCAUUCUCCCGCUUUCCAUCACCCCGCCCCAUUCUCCCUCCUUCCAUCACCCCGCCUUAUUCUCCUGCUUUCCAUAACCCCGCCCCAUUCUCCCGCUUUCCAUCACCCUGCCCCAUUCUCCCGCUUUCCAUCACCCCUCCCCAUUCUCCCGCUUUCUAUCACCCCGCCCCAUUCUCCCGCUUUCCAUCACCCCGUCCCAUUCUCCCGCUUUCCAUCACCCCGCCCCAUUCUCCCGCUUUCUAUCACCCCGCCCCAUUCUCCCUCCUUCCAUCACCCCGCCCCAUUCUCCCUCCUUCCAUCACCCCGCCCUAUUCUCCCUCCUUACAUCACCCCGCCCCAUUCUCCUCCUUUCCAUCACCCCGCCCCAUUCUCCCUCUUUCCACCACCUCGCCCCAUUCUCCCGCAUUCGAUCACCCCGCCCCAUUCUCCCUCCUUCCAUCACCCCGCCCCAUUCUCCCGCAUUCGAUCACCCCGCCCCAUUCUCCCUCCUUCCAUCACACCGCCCCAUUCUCCCGCUUUCCAUCUGCCCGCCCCAUUCUCCCGCUUUCCAUCACCCCGCCCCAUUCUCCCGCUUUCCAUCACCCCGCCCCAUUCUCCCUUCUUCCAUCACCCCGCCCCAUUCUCCCGCUUUCCAUCAGCCCACCCCAUUCUCCCACUUUCCAUCACCCCGCCCCAUUCUCCCGCAUUCCAUCACCCCGCCCCAUUCUCCCGCUUUCCAUCACCCCGCCCCAUUCUCCCGCUUUUCAUCACCCCGCCCCAUUCUCCCGCUUUCCAACACCCCGGCCCAUUCUCUCGCUUUCCAUCACCCCGCCCCCUUCUUCCUCCUUCCAUCACCCCGCCCCGUUCUCCCUCCUUCCUUCACCCCGCCCCAUUCUCCCGCUUUCCAUCACCCUGCCCCAUUAUCCCGCUUUCCAUCACCCCGCACCAUUCUCCCGCUUUCCAUCACCCCGCCCCAUUCUCCCGCUUUCCAUCACCCCGCCCCAUUCUCCCGCUUUCCAUCACCCCGCGCCAUUCUUCCGCUUUCCAUCACCCCGCCCCCUUCUCCCUCCUUCCAUCACCCCGCCCCAUUCUCCCUCCUUCCAUCACCCCGCCCCAUUCUCCCGCUUUCCAUCACCCCGCCCCAUUCUCCCUCCUUUGAUCACCCCGCCCCAUUCUCCCGCUUUCCAUCAGCCCUCCCCAUUCUCCCGCUUUCCAUCACCCCGCCCCAUUCUCUCGCUUUCCAUCACCCCACCCCAUUCUCCCGCUUUCCAUCACCCCGCCCCCUUCUCCCUCCUUCCAUCACCCAACCCCAUUCUCCCUCCUUACAUCACCCCGCCCCAUUCUCCUACUUUCUAUCAGCCCGCCCCAUUCUCCCGCUUUCCAUCUCCCCUCCCCAUUCUCCCGCUUCCCAUCACCCCGCCCCAUUCUCCCGCUUUCCAUCACCCCGCCCCAUUCUCCCGCUUCCCAUCAUCCCGCCCCAUUCCCCCGCUUUCCAUCACCCCUCCCCAUUCUCCCUCCUUCCAUCACCCCGCCCCAUUCUCCCGCUUUCCAUCACCCGCCCCAUUCUCCCGCUUUCCAUCACCUCGCCCCAUUCUCCCGCUUUCCAUCACCUCGCCCCAUUCUUCUGCUUUCCAUCACCCCGCCCCAUUCUCCCGCUUUCAAUCACCCCGCCCCAUUCACCCGCAUUCCAUAACCCGCCCCAUUCUCCCGCUUUCCAACACCCCGCCCCGUUCUCCCGCUUUCCAUCACCCCGCCCCAUUCUCCCGCUUUCCAUCACCCCGCCCCAUUCUCCCGCUUUCCAUCACUCCGCCCCAUUCUCCCGCUUUCCAUCACCCCGCCCCAUUCUCCCGCUUUCCAUCAACCCGCCCCAUUCUCCCUCCUUCCAUCACCCCGCCUCAUUCUCCCUCCUUCCAUCACCCCGCCCCAUUCUCCCGCUUUCCAUCACCCCGCCCCAUUCUCGUGCUUUCCAUCACCCAGCCCCAUUCUCGCACUUUCCAUCACCCCGUCCCAUUUUCCCGCUUUCCAUCACCCUGCCCCAUUCUCCCGCUUUCCAUCACCCUGCCCCAAUCUCCUGCUUUCCAUCACCCCGCCCCAUUCUCCCUCCUUCCAUCACCCUGCCCCAUUCUCCCGCUUUCCAUCACCUCGCCCCAUUCUCCCGCUUUCCAUAACCCCGCCCCAUUGUCCCUCCUUUCAUCACCCGCCCCAUUCUCCCUCCUUCAAUCACCCCGCCCCAUUCUCCCACUUUCCAUCACCCCGCCCCAUUCUCAUGCUUUCCAUCACCGCGCCCCAUUCUCCCACUUUCCAUCACCCCGCCCCAUUCUCCCGCUUUCCAUCACCCCGCCACAUUCUCCCUCCUUCCAUCACCCCGCCCCAUUCUCCCGCUUUCCAUCACCCCGCCCCAUUCUCCCUCCUUCCAUCACCCCGCCCCAUUCUCCCGCUUUCCAUCACCCCGCGCUAUUCUCCCUCCUUCCAUCACCCCGCCCCAUUCUCCCGCUUUCCAUCACGCCGCCCCAUUCUCCCGCUUCCCAUAACCCCACCUCAUUCUCCCGCUUUCCAUCACCCCGCCACAUUCUCCCGCUUUCGAUCACCCCGCCCCAUUCUCCUUCCUUCCAUCACCCCGCCCCAUUCUCCCGCUUUCCAUCACCCCGCCCCAUUCUCCCGCUUUCCAUGACGCCGCCCCCUUCUCCCUCCUUCCAUCACCCCGCCCCAUUCUCCCUCCUUCCAUCACCCCGCCCCAUUCUCCUGCUUUCCAUCAGCCCGCCCCUUUCUCCCGCUUUCCAUCUCCCUGCCCCAUUCUCCCGCUUUCCAUCAAUCCGCCCCAUUCUCCCGCUUUCCAUCACCCCGCCCCAUUCUCCCGCUUCCCAUCCUCCCGCCCCAUUCCCCCGCUUUCCAUCACCCCUCCCCAUUUUCCCUCCUUCUAUCACCCCGCCCCAUUCUCCGGCUUUCCAUUACCCGCCCCAUUCUCCCGCUUUCCAUCACCUCGCCCCAUCUCCCGCUUUCCAUCACCCCGCCCUAUUCUUCUGCUUUCCAUCACCCCGCCCCAUUCUCCUGCUUUCCAUCACCCCGCCCCAUUCACCCGCUUUCCAUCACCCGCCCCAUUCUCCUGCUUUCCAUCACCUCGCCCCAUUCUCCCACUUUCCAUCACCCCGCCCCAUUCUCCCGCUUUUCAUCACCCCGCCCCAUUCUCCCGCUUUCCAACACCCCGCCCCAUUCUCCCGCUUUCCAUCACCCCGCUCCAUUCUCCCGCUUUCCAUCACCCCGCCCCAUUCUCCUGCUUUCCAUCACCCCGCCCCAUUCUCCCUCCUUCCAUCACUCCGCCUCAUUCUCCCUCUUUCCAUCACCCCGCCCCAUUCUCCCGCUUUCCAUCACCCCGCCCCAUUCUCCCGCUUUCCAUCACCCAGCCCCAUUCUCCCACUUUCCAUCACCCCGCCUUUUUUUCCCUCUUUCUAUCACCCCGCCCCAUUCUCAUGCUUUCCAUCACCAUGCCCCAAUCUCCCGCUUUCCAUCACCCCGCCCCAUUCUCCCUCCUUCCAUCACCCCGCCCCAUUCUCCCGCUUUCCAUCACCCCGCCCCAUCCUCCCCCUUUCCAUAACCCCGCCCCAUUCUCCCUCCUUCCAUCACCCGCCCCAUUCUCCCUCCUUCCAUCAACCCGCCCCAUUCUCCCGCUUUCCAUCACCCCGCCCCAUUCUCCCGCUUCCCAUCAUCCCGCCCCAUUCCCCCGCUUUCCAUCACCCCUCCCCAUUUUCCCUCUUUCUAUCACCCCGCCCCAUUCUCCCGCUUUCCAUUACCCGCCCCAUUCUCCCGCUUUCCAUCACCUCGCCCCAUCUCCCGCUUUCCAUCACCCCGCCCUAUUCUUCUGCUUUCCAUCACCCCGCCCCAUUCUCCUGCUUUCCAUCACCCCGCCCCAUUCACCCGCUUUCCAUCACCCGCCCCAUUCUCCUGCUUUCCAUCACCUCGCCCCAUUCUCCCACUUUCCAUCACCCCGCCCCAUUCUCCCGCUUUUCAUCACCCCGCCCCAUUCUCCCGCUUUCCAACACCCCGCCCCAUUCUCCCGCUUUCCAUCACCCCGCUCCAUUCUCCCGCUUUCCAUCACCCCGCCCCAUUCUCCUGCUUUCCAUCACCCCGCCCCAUUCUCCCUCCUUCCAUCACUCCGCCUCAUUCUCCCUCUUUCCAUCACCCCGCCCCAUUCUCCCGCUUUCCAUCACCCCGCCCCAUUCUCCCGCUUUCCAUCACCCAGCCCCAUUCUCACACUUUCCAUCACCCCGCCUUAUUUUCCCUCUUUCUAUCACCCCGCCCCAUUCUCAUGCUUUCCAUCACCAUGCCCCAAUCUCCCGCUUUCCAUCAUCCCGCCCGAUUCUCCCGCUUUCCAUCACCCCACCCCAUUCUCCCGCUUUCCAUCACCCCGCCCCAUUCUCCCGCUUUCCUUCACCCCUCCCCAUUCUCCCGCUUUCCAUCACCCCGCCCCAUUCUCCCACUUUCUAUCACCCCACCCCAUUCUCCCGCUUUUCAUCACUCCGCCCCAUUCUCCCUCCUUCCAUCACCCCGCCCCAUUCUCCCGCUUUCCAUCACCCCGACCCAUCUCCCACUUUCCAUCACCCCGCCCAAUUCUCUCGAUUUCCGUCACCCUGCCCCAUUCUCCCUCUUUCCGUCACCCCGCCCCAUUCUCCCGCUUUCCAUCAUCCAGCCCCAUUCCCCCGCUUUCCAUCACCCCGCCCUAUUCUCCCUCUUUCCAUCACCCCGCCCCAUUCUCCCUCCUUCCAUCACCCCGCCCCAUUCUACCGCUUUCCAUCACCCCGCCACAUUAUUCCACUUUCCAUCACCCCGCCCCAUUCUCCCUCCUUCCAUCACCCCGCCCCAUUCUCCCGCAUUCCAUCACCCCGCCCCAUUCUCAGCUAG